AUGGCCAAGUCGUUUACUCUGUUUCCAACCCUUAUGAUUCUCAGCUUCUUCAUAAUCUCUUCACCUCUGGUCCAAGCCGGCUUCACCAAUGACCUCGACGGUUUAGAAUGGACCACAACCGGUGUCCAUGGCUCAGGCUGCCACGGUUCAAUAGCAGACUGUAUUGGGGCAGAGGAAGAGGAGAUGGACUCAGAGAUCAACAGAAGAAUAUUGGCGACAACAAAAUACAUAAGCUAUCAAUCUUUGAAGCGGAACAGUGUGCCUUGUUCGAGGAGAGGUGCGUCUUAUUACAACUGUCAGAACGGAGCUCAGGCUAAUCCUUACAGUCGUGGUUGCAGCGCAAUUGCUCGUUGCAGGAGUUAG